GUGGAAUGACCAGGCUCUGAUGUUAUGAUGAGCAUUAGAAAAGCUGCUGCUCCUCACUGUGUGCACCCAGACCCAGUUGUACUGACUCAGAAUGAAUUCAUUGGUAGCAUAUGAGGAUUCUGACUCAGAUACUGAAAGUACAGAGGAUGGCAACAUUCCAACAAGAGAAUGUGAUACGCAAGGAUCUACACAUUAUCGUAAGUUACAGUCUCAACCAAAUCAGUUUAAUCAAAGACUAUUUUGUGAGAAACAAGUUAAUCCAGGUUCUCUUGGGAAAAAUGCAAAUAUCAUGGACUCUGUGAAAAAAACCGAGAGCACUACUACCCAAGAUACCUCAGGCAAACAUAUUUUACCCCUGGGAACUGUGAAUGAAUUGGCCUUGGUAAAAUCCAACCUAAACACACAAAAGAGACCAUCACGUGAAGUUGUAUGUAGUCAAGGUGUUGUAAAACCUUAUGUACCUAAACGACUGAGACAGGAACAACUUAUGGCAAAUGAGGAAGAAUGCGGAACAUCAAAUCAGAUGCAUGUGGCUAGGAACAAUGUGGCACAGAACAUGUUCAGGACUUCUGAUUAUCUCAGACCGCACUUGUAUUCACCAUACAAAUCAUCUGAGGUACCUAGAAAUCUAGUGUUCCAGAUGUCUGAACACAAAGGAGCAGUCAACAGAGUCCAGUGGUGUCCAGUACAGCAGUAUAGUCACUUGCUCCUCUCUGCCUCUAUGGACUCAACUUUAAAGAUCUGGGAUGCAGUAGACUCUGGUGUGUGUUUGAGCACGUAUUCCUGUCACAGUGGAGCAGUUAGAGAUGCACAGUGGUCGGAAUGUGGCCAUAAAAUUGGCAGUGGUGGUUUUGAUUCCAUGCUUUAUAUAAUGGAUGUUGAGACAGGAAAGCAUGUUUUUAAGGCAAGAAAUGAAUUUAAGAUCAACACUGUUAGGUUUCGCCCUAAUGAUCCUAAUAUCUUGAUAUGUGGAGGAUUCUUUCCUGCGUUGAAAGCCUGGGAUAUAAGAUCUGAAAAGGUUAUAAGAGUAUACAAAGAUGCUGUUCAACAGCAUUUAUCUCUUCUCUUCCUUCAUGACGGAAAAGAGUUUCUCAGUACUACUGAUGCAGUAAGUCGCGAUUCCGCUGACCGGACAAUCAUAGCAUGGGAUUUUGAAACUGGUGCAAAGAUCUCCAAUCAAAUAUUUCAUGAAAGGUAUACGUGCCCAAGCCUCGCAUUGCAUCCAAGAGAGAGCACGUUUGCUGCACAGACAAAUGGUAAUUACAUAGCUUUGUUUUCAUCCCAGCGACCCUACAAAAUGAACAAGAAAAAGAAAUAUGAAGGACACAAGGUGGAGGGAUAUGCAGUGGGAUGUGAAUUCUCUCCAGACGGAUCUAUAGUAGUAACGGGAAGCUCUGAGGGUACAGUCUACUUCUACAAUUACCAUACAUCCAGGACAUUACGUUCACUUCAGGCUGACCGAAACGCGUGUAUCAGUGUCACUUUCCAUCCAGUUCUUCCAUCUCUUCUUGCGGCAUCAUAUUGGGACGGUUGCAUCAGAGUUUGGCAGUAAAAGGGCCAUAGGUACUAUGCUUCUGAGCAUGUUACUGCUGGUCUUUAUGGAACUCCUUCACUGUGCACUAUACAAUAUUUUCUUGUACAUAAAUAUGAACUGUUUAUAUCAUU